AUGAUUGGCCGCUUUCGCGGCAUACCCGUUACGAUAGACGGUCGGAAGGGACGCGUAGACACAGAAGGGAGUGCCACGGAGAUACGGGCACUCAUACGAAAUACACGGGCGCCGAAGUGCGUAGACGAAGAAAAAGCAGGAGCUCGUCGCGGGAACGCUCGGGAGCGUUCAGGCCAUCGCAGCCGGGGUUCAGCGAGGGAGCGCCACGACAGCGACAGGCGGAGGGUGAAUCCAGAAAAAACGGCCAAGACGGACGUGUACAACGCCAUUGGCGAACGGCAGAACACAGACGCGCAGGAAGCUGCCCUGCGGCCGGGCCCGGCGCAACACGCCGCGGACACGACUGCGAUGCUGCAACACGCGCUGGGCGAGAGAACUGACAUCAACGUUGCCGCCUUGAGCAACGAGUUCAAGGAGCUCAACUACUCGAAGGCGUACGGAAUCGACAUCACCGGAUUCGUCGGAAUGCAACCGGAGAUUCUCAACGUGAACGUGCCCACAGAAGCCAAACCGGUCUCCAGACAGCAAAGGAGACAGUUUAGGAAGGAGGAAAUACGGAACCACCCAGACAGGUUCUGGAAGUGCAACAAAUGCGAGUUUAUGAACUACCUCUCAAAUUACCAGUGCGACGGGUGCCAACAACUACGGAACGCCAAUAGGUAG